AUGAUGGCAAAGCUCAGCCCCCUCGCAGUCCUGGCUGCCUCGCUGUCCCUCGUGUCGGCGCAGACCUACCAGCGACUCGGCACCUGCCCUGAUCUCGGCUGCGUCCUCCCGCCCGACCAGUCCGAUUUCCUGCCCGGCCAGCUCUUUGACCUCCGUGUCGAGGUCCAUGCGCCCGUCAACGGCUCCGAGGCCUUCAACAACGGUGUCCCCGACGAGGCCUUCUCCGUCAGCAUCGCCAAGGAGGGCGGCGCGGCCAAGGGCCUGGCUGAGUUCUUCGGCCUCGACGAGCCUGAGCUCGAGAAGUGGUCUUUCGGUUGGUACGAGGACCUCUUCGCCGAGGACGCGAAGCAGAAGAGCGUGGUCAACGUGGCGUCCAAGAUCUGGCGCCACAUCGCCUUGUACGAGCCCGGCAACUAUGUGGUUACCCUCAAGUACUACGAUGGCAAGACGACCACCGCCAACUGGGUUGUGCGACCCCUGGCGACUGAGAAGAAGGCCAAGAACGUCAUCUUCUUCAUCGGCGAUGGUAUGACUACCAACAUGGUCACUGCCGCCCGUCUUCUCGGCCACAAGAGCAUCAACGGAAAGUACCAGUCCAGCCUGGCUCUCGACAAGUUCCCCGUCAUUGGUCACCAGAUGACGCACUCCAUCGACAGCUACAUCACCGACUCUGCCAACUCCGCAUCUGCUCUGUACUCUGGCCAUAAGAGCACUGUCAACGCCAUGGGCGUUUACGCUGACUCUUCCCCGGACGCUUUCGACGACCCCAAGGUUGAGACCAUUGUCGAGCUCAUCCACCGAAUCUGGGGCUCUGCAUGGGGUGCUGUUUCCACCGCGUUCAUCGCCGACGCUACCCCAAUUGCCUUGACCGCCCACACUCGCUCCCGCAGCUUGUACGGUCCUCUUAUCGACCAGGCGCUCAACGGCAUCACGAACUACACCUGGACCAAGAUGGAGGGCCCCGACGUCUACUUUGGAGGCGGUGCUGAGCAGUUCUACGCCGGUAAGGGCUCCUACGAGGGCAAGGACUACUACGAGGAGUUCGCCAAGAAAGGCUACACUGUCGCUCUCAACAAGACUUCCCUCGAGGCCGCCGACUCCAAGCAGAAGACUCUCGGUAUCUUCACCCAGUCUAACCUUCCCGUCUGGCUCGACCGCAACGUUCUCACCGAGAACCUGGCCAAGCUUACGAACGAUCCUACUGGUAACAAGAGUGCUGCUCUUGAUAUUCCUGGCCUGAAGGAGAUGACCCUCAAGGCCGUUGAUAUCCUCCACAACCGCGGUGGAGAGGAUGGUUUCUUCCUCAUGUCUGAGGCCGCUUCCAUCGACAAGCAGAUGCACUCUCUUGACUACGACCGUGCCCUCGGUGACCUUCUUGAGCUUGACGACACCGUCAAGGCCACCAUCGAGAAGCUCGAGGAGCUCGGCAUCCUCGAGGAGACCCUGGUCGUUGUGUCCUCCGACCACGGCCACGGCUUUGACGUUUUCGGAAGCGCCGACACCAAGUACCUCGCCGAGCAGCAGGACGACCGCACCAAGCGCAAGGCCGUCGGCACCUACGCCCAGUCCGGUCUCUCGCAGUACACCGUCGAGCAGCCCGGCAUCAGCUACAACACCGGCCCCAACUUCCCCCUCAACUGGAACCCCCGCUACGCCAUCGCCGCCGGCGUCGGCGCCAGCCCCGACCGCCGCGAGGACUUCGCCCUGCACGAGUCCGCCCGCACCCCCGCCGUCGCCGCCACCAACACCACCGACUACUACGUCAACCCCAAGGACGCCGCCGACGGCUUCGUCGUCAACGGCACCAUCCCCACCAACGAGGCCCAGGGCGUCCACUCGCUCACCGACGUCGCCGUCUGGGCCCGCGGCCCCUGCCAGGAGACCUUUGGCGGUACCUACAACAACAUCGACAUCUUCUACAAGAUGGCCAACUGCCUGGGUCUCGCUCAGCCGCGCAACGCCACUGGCUGCGGCGGUGUUCGCCGCAGAAGGGCGGUUAACCUCCACGCCUAA